AUGCAAAGCCAUCAUAUUCGCGACUAUCAAAUUCUCAAAACAAUAGGUAUUUUUCAAUUAGGAACUGGCACUUUUGCAAGGGUAGCUAUUGCAAAACCAAAAAGCCAAAAACCAGGCACGUUUUAUGCAAUAAAGAUGAUUAAUAAAGAAAUCCUUGCCAAGUUGAAACAGGUGGAGCAUGCGAAAUGUGAAAAACGGGUCUUGAUGUCUCUCGACAACCCUUUUAUACUAAAAGUGUAAAAGAUAUGUAGGUAUAGCUCAUUUCAAGACAACGCGUGCUUAUAUUUAGUUAUGGAAUAUGUUGCUGGAGGAGAGUUGUUUACAAGACUUAGAUUAUGGCAUCAUUUUCCUAAUGAUGUCGCUUUAUUUUAUGCUACUGAAAUAUUAUUAGCAAUUGAGUAUACUUUACUAUAUUGAUUUAAACAAUUUUAGAUUUAUUUUUGUGUAAUGCUAUUAAGAAAUUUAUAAAGUAUAUAUUCAUUCAAAUAAUAUUAUUUAUAGAGAUUUAAAGCCAGAAAAUCUCUUAAUAGACCACACAGGACAUAUAAAAAUUGCAGAUUUCGGGUUUUGCAAACACAUUGCUCAAGGUGAAAGAACUUUCACACUAUGUGGAACCCCAGAGUAUUUAGCACCAGAAAUAAUUAAAUCAAUUGGGCAUGCAAAACCAGUUGAUUGAUGGGCUUUUGGAAUUUUAAUUUAUGAAAUGCUUGUAGGGCAUCCACCCUUUUUUGAUAAUAAUCCUUACAAAAUUUACAAGAAAAUCGUUAAGGGGGAAUAUGAGUUUCCGCCUGAAAUUUCGAAGCCAGCGGCAAAAUUAAUAAGCAGAUUGCUGAUUUUAGAACAAGAAAACAGAUUAGGAGCAGUUAGGGGAAGUGAAGAAAUUAAAGCAGCAAAAUGAUUCAGAGGAGUUGACUGGGGAAUGGUCUUUCGAAGAGAAAUCAGGGCCCCUUGGGCGCCAAAUUUAAGUGGACCUGGGGAUACUUCUUCAUUUGCUAAUUAUCCUGAUGAUGACACAUUUUUUCAUCCUGCAAGCGCUUCAGUUAACGAGCUAUUCACUCCUCCUCUUAAAAUAUAUAGAGGUUUCCUCUAUAUAGCGCUAAAAGCGCAGACAUUUUUCCAGGAGCUUUCCAAGUUCGUCGGACCAAAUCGCUUUUUGGUCCGACCAAGGCAUUGAUUUGGUGCAACCUACCGAUAAAUUCCGAUCAGAAUUUAUCGGCCUUACAGCGCCAAACAUAGGAAACUUCUAUAACAAAAUAGGUAAAAUUUCUAUUUUUUAGAUAAUUUAACCCCUUUAAAUUGGAACAUUUUUUUUCAAUAGGAAAAUUUUAUAGGUGAAAAUUCUAAUUUUUAGUUUCUUAUAAAGAAAAUUUAAAAUAAAGUAUUUUAGUUUCAAAAAAAAAUUAAAUUGGAACAGGAUUUUUUAGUUUAAUUUAAAGGUGAAGUCAGAGAUUUUUAA